AUGGCACACGCGGGCUCGAAACCUCCAACAAAUACAGCUGGGACAGCGCACAACAAUUCUCCAAUCAUGCCCAACGGCAAGGCGUCGGUCGUGGCGCCCAAGCUGAGCGAUGAUAAUCAUGUCGAACUCGAGGAGAUCAAUCCUUCGGGGCAUGAUUUUAGUCCAGAAGAUGAUAUUAUGCAACUUGCUCGUAUGGGCGAUAUUCAGGGGGUCGAGAAACUCUACGACAGUGGGAAAUUCGACGCUUCAUAUAGCGACGCCGAGGGCAUUACCCCAUUACAUUGGGCCGCAAUCAAUAAUCGGUAUGCGUUGUGCCAAUUUCUCCUGAAGGCCGGCGCCGAUGUCAACAAGAAAGGGGGAGAGUCGGUAGCUACACCAGCCAUGUGGGCCGCACAACGAUGCCAUUACUAUACUGUUAACCUAUUGCUUCAGCAUGGCGCGGACCCCCUGAUCACCGAUGUCCAAGGUUAUAAUAUACUUCAUCUGGCGACCUUCGAAAGCAGCAUCCUUUCCGUUACCUUACUCUUGCACCAAAACAUCGAUGUAGACAUUCCGGAUAGCCAUGGACAUACUUGUCUUAUGUGGGCGGCGUAUAAGGGGUACCCGGCUCACGUUGAUCUGUUUCUGAGAUGGGGUGCGAACGUUCAUGCAACCGACGAGACAGGAUUCACCGCAUUACAUUGGGCUCUUGUGAAGGGAUCUCCGGGCUGCAUACAGAAAUUGAUCGAAUAUGGAUCUGAUCGAUUCGCAGAGACGGCAGACGGUCGAUCGCCGGACACCCUGGCAGCUGAGAUGAAGACGGAGAGGAUGUGGCAGAAGGCAUUGAAGGAAUCUGGCUAUACUGAAGACGCCAAACAGAAGACGCUCGAGUUUCCAAUGUCUUCAUAUUUGAUGAAAGACAAACGGGGAUUCAUGUCAAAGUUCUUCUUUCUCUGGCCAUUCCUGAUCUUGUGGGUGAUGGUAAUGGUCUCAAGUCACAUGGUGGUAUUUGCUGGUAUACCUCUUGCUCUUUUCGCUGGCUAUGCUUUGCAAUGGGUUGCCAUGCAGGUCAUGGAGUACGCUCCGUCCGAUAUGAGACAUAUCCAUAAAACGCCUUGGCUCGCGGGUAUCUUUGCCGCCACUCUGUUUUGGGUAGGAUUACGAUGGUUAACAACCAUCCUCCCUGGAACAUUUUCAACAUAUCCCAUCAGCAACAUUGCCUUCGGGGUAUUCUAUAGUCUUUGCGGGUAUUUCUAUUUCUGCACAAUGUUCUAUGAGCCUGGGUUCGUGCCCAAACUCGGUGGCCUCACGCAGCAAAAGGCUGUCAUCGAUGAGCUGUUAGAGUUGUGGAAGUUUGAUGAGCAGAAUUUCUGCGUUCCCUGCAUGGUUCGAAUGCCUCUGAGAAGCAAGCAUUGUAAAAGAUGCAAUCGCUGCGUGGCGAAGCAUGAUCACCAUUGCCCAUGGGUCAAUAAUUGCAUUGGGAUAAAUAAUCACCGCCACUUCUUCCUCUAUCUAAUCAACUUGGAAGCUGGUAUUCUGGUUCUAGUAAGGUUAACGAUUGGAUACUUUGAGUCCAUACAAGAGACAGGUGAUCCAGAGUGCAAUAUUCUAGGAGAAGGCCUAUGCCGCGUUGUGAAUUCAGAUCCGUACACUCUGGUACUUGUGAUUUGGGCGACAUUGCAAUUGACGUGGGUAACUAUGUUGAUGUUUGUGCAAUUUGUGCAGAUUUCGAGGGCUCUGACGACUUAUGAGAAUAUGCGCGGCGCUCAUCAUUCCCAAGGCAAAGCCUCAGAAGCCAUCACUUCAGCACUCACUACCGGUGCAGGGUCAUGGUCAGGAGCUCAAGUGGGAGGUGCGGGUAUGGGCCCUGAUCCGGCUCUACCACCUACACACGCUCCUGGUCAUCACCACCACCACAAAGCUGGUUGCCUUGCCCAAUGGAAAAAGAUUCUGGGAAUUGAUACUUUCGUCGAUACCGCCUUGGAUGCAUAUGGAGGCAACAAGAACCGGCCACGACAAGCUCGCAAUCCUUUCUCGAAUGGCUGUAUUGGAAAUUGCAAGGACUUCUGGUGUGAUCCAGCACCGAUAUUUGGGAAGAGGGAGAAUGGCUCGGCCAUGCUGGGAGGGCAGUCAGUGGACUAUACGAGCAUGUAUGAGAGUCCUCGGUUGGCUAUGAGGAGACGAGGCGGCGGUGAAGCGUAUGAGGCUGUAGCUGCCGAGGAUACUGUAUGA